AUGGCGAUUUUAUUGAUAAAACACCAAGCUUCUACAGCAGAAGGACGUAUUCUGGAACUAUCCACGACAAGCAAAGUUAUCCAGGAUUCAAUCCAGGACCCAUUUAGUAACGAGGCCCGCGUCAUCUUGCAAUGGAUUUUCUACUCACUUCUUGGGCAACUGCUAGCUAUCUUUGGCUCGAUAACCAAUAUCAUCAACAUCAUCUGUUUUGUUAAGCAAGGAUUCAAGGACCCAGUCAACAUCAGUCUACUAG